CUCACACUUCUUCAUAACUCACAGCUCGUCCUGAAAACCUGUUUCACUUGUUUUAGUGAAAUGGUCUGAUGAAACGGCUUGUUUUUUAUCUAGUUUCCUCAGUUUGUUUUCAUGUAUGUGGUGAAGCGGGACGCAUCGAAUGGAUCUGAGACCCUGAGAGAUCUGAAGUGAAAGAAAUCCCAGAGCUGCUGUUCAACACGACAGUUCAGAGGAAACAGAACGAUCUGAGCUGUGGAUCGGUGAAGGACGAUGGCAUCUGUGAAAGAUCUGCUUGAUAAAUCACUGAAUGAACUGGUACAAGCUGAACUGAGGAAGUUUCAGUGGCAUUUAGUGAAUGAUCAUGAGUGUAUAUCAAAGUCUGAAAUGGAGAAUGCAGAUAGGUUAGACACACUGGAUAAGAUGGUAGCACGUUUUGGACCAGAAGAAGCUGUGAAGAUCACCGUGAAGAUCCUGAGGAAGAUGAACCACAAUAAUCAGGCUGAGCAGCUAGAGAACAAACACAAACAAGCUCAGGCUGAGGGCAGUAUUGAGGAUCCUGCACUUGCGGGAGUCAGUUCAAAACCGCUGGAGGGCUCAGCUGCAGAGGACAGUAAAGCUGCUCUUCAUAAGAUCAGCCUCAGAUUGAAGGACAAAUUAAAACAGGAGUGUGAACGAAUAUUGGUUGGUAAUUCUCAGAGGGGUCGUCAGAAAUACCUGAACGAUAUUUACAUUGAUCUAUAUGUGGUGGAGAAUGAGACUGGAGGAAUGGUGAGUGAACACGAGGUGAGACAGAUCGAAUUCAAACUAUUUGAUGCCAAGGACACACCAAUCCAGUGCAAUAACAUUUUUAAAGUCCAUAACGGUCGACAAAACAAAAAAGUGUUGACGAUGGGCAUCGCAGGGGUAGGAAAAACAGUCUCUGUCAAUAAAUUCAUCCUUGACUGGGCUGAAGGAAAAGACAAUCAGGAUAUUGCCUUAAUUUUCCCUUUUCCAUUCCGUAGCCUGAAUUUGAUUAAAGAAGAGUACAGUCUCAUAGGACUUCUUAACAAAUACUUCUUUAGUAGUCCUGAAGAACUGCCCUCUCUUCCUGAUGGUGACGGUAAAAUCAUGUUCAUCUUCGAUGGGCUGGAUGAAUGUCGCUUCUCUUUGAACUUUAAAAAGAAUGACGGAUUUACAGAUGUUCACAAAGAGACAAGAGUGAGUAAGAUAGUUACAAGCCUGAUCAAGAAACAAAUGGUUCCUUCUGCUCUCAUUUGGAUCACAUCCAGACCAGCAGCAGCCAGUCUGAUACCCCGAAACUACAUUGAUCAGGUGACAGAGGUGCGAGGAUUCAACGAUGAGCAGAAAGAGCAAUACUUCAUCAAAAACAGCAGUCCUGAGGUUGCUGGAAACAUCAUCCGUCAUAUCAGGAAAUCCAGGAGCCUGUACAUCAUGUGCCACAUCCCCGUCUUCUGUUGGAUCUCUCUCACUGUUCUUCAGCCUCUACUGGCUCGAAAGAGCAAUGACAAAACACCCACAACUCUCACAGGGAUGUACACAAACUUCUUACUUACUCAGCAGCAACAGAUGACAGAAAAAUACCGUGAUGACUCUGAACCUAAAGCCAAUUCCAGGUCUUUUGAUGAGAUUAUUCUGAAGCUUGGGAAACUGGCCUUUCAACAGCUGGAGAAAGGAAAUCUGAUUUUCUACAAAGAAGAUCUUGAGGAAUGUGGACUAGAUGUCAGUGAAGGGUCGGUGUUCUCUGGGUUAUGCACUCAGAUCUUUCAGGAGGAAAAAGCUGUUUCAGCAAGAAACGUUUACAGCUUUGUUCAUCUCAGCAUCCAGGAAUUCCUCGCUGCUCUCUAUGUGUUUUUGAUUAGCAAAGAUGAGAAAGCAAAGCUACUUUUUCAAUCCCUGAGAAAAAAACUGAGAUGGAAACUGUCCAGAAAGACACAGUUUCAGCUUCAUAAGGGUGCGAUCAACAAGGCUUUACAAAGCGAGAACGGACACCUGGACCUUUUCCUCCGGUUCCUCCUGGGUCUCUCUCUGGAGUCCAAUCAGAGUGACCUGAAGGAAUUAGUGCCAGGACUGAAACUCAAAACAGAGAAUAUGAAAAACACUGCUGACUAUAUCAAAAAGAAAAUAGAGAUGGAGGAAUCUGUGGAGAGGACCAUCAAUCUCUUCCACUGUCUGAGUGAACUGAAAGAUGAUUUUGUGGAGGAAAUUCAGAAAAACCUGAGCUCAGGAAAUCUUUCAGCACAGAAUCUCUCCUCUGCUCAGUGGUCUGGUCUGGUGUUUGUGCUCCUGAUGUCAGAAGAGACUCAAGAGAAGUUUGAACUGCAGAAAUACAGAAGAUCUGAUGAAGCAGUGAUAAGACUCCUGCCAGUGAUCAAAAACACAAAAAAAGCACUGCUACAGUGCUGUAAUCUCACUGCUCAGUGUUGUGAGAGUUUGUCAUCAGUUUUACAGUCCUCAAACUCCUUCCUGAGAGACCUGGACCUGAGUAACAAUGAUCUACAGGAUUCGGGAGUAAAGCUUCUUUCUGAGGGGCUAAAAAGUCCAAACUGUCAGCUGGAGAUAAUGAGAUUUUCCAUAUGUAAUCUCACUGCUCAGUGUUGUGAGAGUUUGUCAUCAGUUCUACAAUCCUCAAACUCCUUCCUGAGAGACCUGGACCUGAGUAACAAUGACCUACAGGAUUCAGGAGUGAGGCUUCUUUCUGAUGGACUAAAAAGUCCAAACUGUCAGCUGGAGAUACUGAGAUUUUCCAUAUGUAAUCUCACUGCUCAGUGUUGUGAGAGUUUGUCAUCAGUUCUACAAUCAUCAAACUCCUUCCUGAGAGAGCUGGACCUGAGUAACAAUGACCUACAGGAUUCAGGAGUGAAGCUUCUUUCUGAUGGGCUGAAGAGUCCAAACUGUCAGCUCGAGAUACUGAGAUUGUCUGGCUGUAUGGUGACAGAGGAAGGCUGUGGUUAUGUAUCUUCAGCUCUGAGUUCGAACCCCUCACACCUGAAAGAGCUGGAUCUGAGCUACAAUCACCCAGGAGAUUCUGGAGUCAAGCUACUCACUGAUACACUCAACCAUCAAAACUACAGACUGGAUAAACUCAAUGUGGAUCAUGGGGGAGAAUUCAGGAUAACAGCAGGACUACACAAAUAUUCCCAUCGGCUCACUGCGGAUCUGAACACAGUGAAUAAAGACCUCCAUCUGUCUGAGAGGAACACACUGAUUACUAACACUGACACACCAGAGUCGUAUCCUGAUCAUCCAGACAGAUUUGAUCAUCAUCUUCAGGUGUUGUGUAGAGAGAGUGUGUGUGAUCGACGCUGUUACUGGGAGAUUGAGUGGAGUGGACGUGCUGUGUGUAUAUCAGUGUCAUAUAAGAGCAUCAGCAGGAAGGGAGAGAGUGAAGAGUGUUUGUUUGGAUUUAAUGAUCAGUCCUGGAGUUUGAUCUGCUCUCCUGACAGUUACUCAUUCAGAUACAAUUACAUAAAGACUGUUCUCCCUGUAAAGCCCAUCAUCAGCAGAACAGUGAAUGAGAAGAAUUACUAUAGAGUAGGAGUGAAUAAGAAGAAUUACUAUAGAGUAGGAGUGUAUGUGGAUCACAGUGCAGGAACUCUGUCCUUCUACAGCGUCUCUGGAGACACAAUGAUCCUCAUCCACACAGUCCAGACCACAUUCACUCAACCACUCUAUCCUGGGUUUUGGGUUUAUUAUGGAGCAUCAGUGAAACUGUUCUAGAGUCUCUUCAUGACAACACUGAAAUAUCAGGACACAAUAAAUGUGUGUUAAUGACUCAGAGUCACAUGAUGAAGUGAAUGUUGAAAUAUUGUAAUAAAUGUUGAACUCAUGUAUAUUGUGUCAUGUGGUGUCGUUAUGAGGAGCAGGAGUGACACUUACAGAUUUAGAUCCACUAACCCACUGAAAAAUAACAUCAACAAUCAAUUCAUCAAUUUAAUCAUUCAAACACAAAUGGACAUUUUUACACGCAUCAAUAAAUACACACAUUU